AUGAACGCGACUCGCUUGGAAAUUAAAUUAAAAGAGCCAAAUCCACUGUUUACGCUUUGGCUCGAACGCUGGCUGCGUGAGGCGGAACAGCGCAAUCAAAAAUCGCAGCAUCAAUUGCGCAAAGCGCUGGCUGCGCUGCGUUCCUAUCCGCUGCCGCUGUACAGUGGUCGCGAUUGCGCCAUGUUGCGCGGUUUUGGCGCAACGCUUUGCCAGCUGAUCGACGCAGAGUUGCAUGCGCAUCAGCUAACGGUGAAUAAUGCAAAUGAGCAACGCGCGUAUGAAAAACAAGUGCAACAAGUGGCAAAAACAGUGCAAAACAAGCAAAAACAAAAGGAAAAGGGAAAGCCCAAGAAGCUAACAAAGAAAGCGCAGCAGGCGCUGGACGAGGCGGAGCAGCGUGCGCGCAUUGUGCAAAUGCCGGCGGGCAGCUAUGACAUACUGCUGCUGGUGGACACACAAGAGACGAGUGGCAAGCAUAAGCGCGUGCUGGACCAGACGCGCGGCUAUUUGCAAACGCUGCAGGUGCCGCAUGAGGUGCGUCGCUUAACCGUGGGCGAUUUUCUAUGGAUAGCGCGCAAUGCGGCAGGCGAUGAACUGGUGCUGCCCUAUGUGGUGGAGCGCAAGCGCAUGGACGAUCUGGCGAGCAGCAUACGCGAUGGACGCUUUCACGAGCAGAAGCAUCGACUGCGCCAGUGCGGACUGCCGCAAAUAAUUUAUCUGAUUGAGGAUUAUGGCGACAAUGAGCAGCUGGGUCUGCCGCUGGAGUCGCUGCAGCAGGCGCUGGCCAAUGCGCAAAUGCAUACGCCGGGCUUGCAAGUGGUGCGCAGCGAGAAUCACUAUCGCUCCAUGUGCUAUUUGGCCGGCAUGACGGCUGCACUGCAUCAACUUUAUACGCAAGCGGGCAAAACGCUGCACAGCGUUGAUAAGCAGCAGAUCGAGUCGAGCUCGAGCUCCAGCUGCUGGAGCGCCACCAAGCUGGGUCUGCUCAAGUUCCGCGCACUCUACGAGGACUCGGCGCGCAAUGCGCAGUUGACAGUGCGCGAGCUGUUCGUGCAGCAGCUGCUGCAACUUCAUUCGCUCUCGCUGGAUCGUGCGCUGGCCAUUGUGAAACGCUAUGCCACGCCUCGUCUGCUGCUUGACGCCUACGCUGCUUGCGCUACUGAAGCGGAGGCGCAACUGCUGCUGUCCAAACUUUGCUGCGGCGCAUUGGAGCGACCGCUGGGCGAGAAGCUGAGCCAGUGCAUCCAUCGGUUCUACUGCACGCAUUGGUAGUGAGCAUAACUCCACAAAACGCCUAUACUCUGCUGGAAUGAAUCUGACGUGCCUGCUGUAGACGCG